ACGAAUGCUGGCUUCUACAAGGAGUCUCUUGGAAUUCUCUGUACGCCUUAGAAGAGCAGUGUUCCAGCUAGCGUCCACAGCUCAGUCUUCUAGUUUACUUCGUGAGUAGGUGGCGACAAUACAAGUUCCUCUCUGCAGAGUUAACUACCGACCACCGACAUGGACGGUAGCGACGGCGAGAAACCGAAUGGUAGUGAGCUAAACUCUGACAACAGUCAAGAAGCGAUGUCAGAAGAACUUGCUAUGAUAGUGGAUGCCUUAAAUGCUGUGAACAGAGACGCCGAUAGUCCAGCACAAGAUGAAGGCGUCGAGAUGAUUAGCCUCGGAAAGAACUCGUGGGCGGUGUACGACAGCGACAACGAACGGCAAAGCAGCAGCUCACAUACACUGCCGCUCGCGGAUGCAGAAUGGCAGUGCAGAAGUGCUGGGCAUCACACGGACGCAAAAACAGCAGAUGCAGAAUCGAGCAACUUACCAGUCAGAAAACCAAAGAGUGUUGCAGUGAUGGUAGUUCUACGCAAGCGUUUCUGUGGAUCCUACUUCAUGCCUGGCACUAUCAUCAUUUCUGUCUUCUGUGCGGUUUUGUGCCUUGUGCAGAUAGCAUUAUUAGCGUACACUUCGCUCACCAUUGAUAUUGAUAUGAAUAGGCUAAAGCCAGUUAUUUUCAUCUUAGCAGCAGUUCCAGCACCAAUUAAUCUAGGUGAUGAAACUGGUUGA